GUUUCUGUCAUCUAUAUUCUCGUCAUUUCUUUGGUUAACUUAGAAGAUCUAUUGGAUAGAAAAGUCAGUAAGGGAUCUGAUGAGCCUCUAGACACGAAUCUCUACUCGGCCCAGCCUCGAGUUCAUGGCAAGGGCUGGGCAGGAGCAGACAACGGUUACUCCGACACUGAGACGAACUCUCGCUGGCGAAUCAACUCCGACUUAAGAGACUCUGAGGAGCAGCAAUUUCGGAAGUCUGUCAUUACCAAGGAGUUCGAGAGACGAAGAUCGGCCAACACCCAGACUCUUUGGCGAUCUGCUCCCCAAACAUCAAUUUUGAUCGAUCCUGAUGAUGCACGACUUACUGGCAUCACCGGUUAUUCUCGAGACCAGACUCUUCAAUUGCUCAUAUCUUCCCUGCAAGAUCGUUUGAGAACGCAUGCAGUCAUCUCAGCCACCACUUCUGAUCAAUCCUCUGAUGUUCGAGCUCUCAUUUCUGUUCCUCCCGCUGCCGGUCUUCUAGUAAAGACUGACUCAUGCCAAGAGAAAUUCAGUAAUCCCGGGAUACUCUGUGCCAAAGCGGAAAGGCGAAUUUUGUCGGAGGCCAAGAUUGCCGCCCUAUAUCGUACUAACAUGGUUCGUCUGAUCACUCGAGUACGCAAGUGUCCGGAUGCCCUGUCAGCCUGGGAAGUGGUCUCUGAAAAGGCGGGCGACUCAUUCAUUUCAUCUGAGUCUCAGAUGGGCACAGGCUCCUUGGCUAUCUCCGAGGCUACUACCACUACAAACAAUGCUGCCACCAUCGCUUGUACCUCUUUGUACCACAAGCAUAAACUGCCAAAUUCUAUCAUCGCUAAGAACGUUCAGAGUGCCCUUAUCCUAGCGCCUAAAGACGAGGAUGAGCAAAAAUCCGAGUUGCACAGUUUCUCUGAACCAUCCAGCUCUAGCUUUGUUGGAAACACGCGGACUCUAGAAAUAAGGGUAAAAUAUUUAUCCUUGCUUUUGAAAACAGCUCCCCAAGGCCAGAUUAAGGCCACAAAUAAAAGUCUCCAGGUUAUCCAUCAAAGAUGGUAA